AUGAAACCCGCGAGAAAUGUGAUUCAAAAUCAUCAUUUGGGUCUAGACCUGGGAACCACUUCCGUCAAAGCCGUCAUCUGGGACUCGGAGAACCAGCAUUGCGAAUGCGAAGCUGUGGAAGCCACAGGAGCCAAGGUACCGCACAAGGACCCGCUGUUUGACGAACAAAGCGUCACACUCAUCUUGAAUGCUGUCCAAAGAUGCAUUGCCAGGCUGCCCGCAGUUCAGCUAAGGAACGUGGAAAGCGUGGGAGUGAGUGGCCAAAUGCACGGAGUCGUCUUUUGGAGCUCGAAAAACGGCACGUGUUGCUACGAUCAAGGAAAGUACUCUGUGGUGGAAUCCAAAGUGAGCAAUUUGGUCACUUGGCAAGACGGACGAUGCACUGAGGAAUUCCUGAGAACUUUGCCAGUGUCCAAGUCUCACGUCGGGGUCAGUUCUGGUUUCGGAUGUGCUACUAUUUUCUGGCUCCAGCAGAAUUCUCCUCAAAGUUUGAGUGGUUACGACUGCGCAGGAACUAUUCAAGACUUUCUGGUAGCUGUGAUCUGUGGACUGGAGAAGCCCGUCAUGACUACGCAAAAUGCGGCGUCCUGGGGAUAUUUUGACACUGCUUCGAGUUGCUGGGAAGUUGAUGCGCUGAAAGACGCGGGGUUUCCUUUGCUGUUUUUACCCGAAGUGGAGGAGCCCAGGUUUAAGGCUGGGAGAUUGAAGGAGACGUGGUGUGGAGUACCGGCUGGUACUAGUGUAGGUGCGGCGUUUGGAGACAUGCAAUGCGCUGUGCACUCUGUCUUGUCGUAUUCCAGGGACAGGAAUGAGAAGAAUGCUGUGCUGAAUUUCUCAACCAGCGCACAACUCAGCUUUGUCAUGAAGCCAGACUUCAAACCAAUUGUGGAAGGAAAUGGGUCUCAGCCAAUUCAGUACUGGCCUUAUUUUGGAAAAACGUAUUUGGCUGUAGCUGCUAGUCUCAAUGGUGGGAAUGUUCUUGCCAAAUGGAUUGCCAUGUUUAGUGAAGUGUUCAAGUUGGUUGGGGUCCCAGUGGCUGAUGACACCCUUUGGCAGGUGUUGACCCGCGCAGCAGCUGGUGAUGAUGCCCUCAACACCAACAGCACAGCGUCUCCAUUGUUGUUUGGCGAGCGUCAUCUUCCUGCCAGUCGGGGAAGCAUUUCCAAUCUGGGACCCGAUGGGUUCAGUGCUUCCGGAGUAACCCGUGCCCUGUGCCGCGGUCUAGUGAGUAACUUGCUUGCUAUGAUGCCAGUCAAGUUCCUGCGGGCAUCUGGGGUUCAGGGCAUUCUGGGCACGGGGUCUGCGUUGAUCAAGAAUCAGGCAUUGAGGGAUGAAGUUGGUCUGCAGUUUGAGUUGCCUUUUGUGCUCAGGCAGUCUGGAGACGCGGCUGUGGGUGCUGCCAAAGCCAUAUCUGAACAUCCCUGA